AGGAACAGAGGAACAGUUGGAUCAGAGGAACGGAGGAACAGUAGGAACAGUAGGAACACAGGAACAGUAGGAACAGUGAAAACAGAGGAACAGUACAGUAGGAACAGAGCAACAGUAGGAACAGAGCAACAGUAGGAUCAGAGGAACAGUAGGAACAGUAGGAGCAGUAGGAACAGAGGAACAUUAGGAACAGUAGGAACAGUAGGAACGUAGGAACAGUAGGAACAGUAGGAACAGUAGGAACAGUAGGAACGUAGGAACAGAGGAACAGUAGGAACAGAGGAACAGUAGGAACAGAGGAACAGUAGGAACAGUAGGAACAGUAGGAACAGAGGAACAGUAUAGGAACAGUAGGAACAGUAGGAACAGUAGGGAGACUAGGAACAGAGAAACAGUAGGAACAGAGGAACAUUAGGAACAGUAGGAACAGAGGAACAGUAGGAACGGUACGAACGGAGGAACAGUAGUAACAGAGGAACAGUAGGAACAGUAGGAACAGUAGGAACAGUAGGAACGUAGGAACAGUAGGAACAGUAGGGAGAGUAGGAACAGCGGAACAGUAGGAACAGUAGGAACGUAGGAACAGUAGGAACAGUAGGAACAGAGGAACAGUAGGAACAGAGGAACAGUUGGAUCAGAGGAACGGAGGAACAGUAGGAACAGUAGGAACGUAGGAACAGUAGGAACAGUAGGAGCAGUAAGAUCAGAGGAACAGUAGGAACAGUAGGAACAGUAGGAACGUAGGAACAGUAGGAACAGUAGGAACAGUAGGAACGGAGCAACAGUAGGAACAGUAGGAACAGUAGGAACAGAGCAACAGUAGGAACAGAGGAACAGUAGGAACAGUGAAAACAGAGGAACAGUAGGAACAGAGCAACAGUAGGAUCAGAGGAACAGUAGGAACAGUAGGAGCAGUAAGAUCAGAGGAACAGUAGGAACAGUAGGAACAGUAGGAACGUAGGAACAGUAGGAACAGUAGGAACAGUAGGAACAGUAAGAUCAGAGGAACAGUAGGAACAGUAGGAACAGUAGGAACAGUAGGAACAGUAGGGAGAGUAGGAACAGAGGAACAGUAGGAACGGAGGAACAGUAGGAACAGAGGAACAGUAGGAACAGUGAAAACAGAGGAACAGUACAGUAGGAACAGAGCAACAGUAGGAACAGAGCAACAGUAGGAUCAGAGGAACAGUAGGAACAGUAGGAGCAGUAGGAACAGAGGAACAUUAGGAACAGUAGGAACAGUAGGAACGUAGGAACAGUAGGAACAGUAGGAACAGUAGGAACAGUAGGAACGUAGGAACAGAGGAACAGUAGGAACAGAGGAACAGUAGGAACAGAGGAACAGUAGGAACAGUAGGAACAGUAGGAACAGAGGAACAGUAUAGGAACAGUAGGAACAGUAGGAACAGUAGGGAGACUAGGAACAGAGAAACAGUAGGAACAGAGGAACAUUAGGAACAGUAGGAACAGAGGAACAGUAGGAACGGUACGAACGGAGGAACAGUAGUAACAGAGGAACAGUAGGAACAGUAGGAACAGUAGGAACAGUAGGAACGUAGGAACAGUAGGAACAGUAGGGAGAGUAGGAACAGCGGAACAGUAGGAACAGUAGGAACAGUAGGAACGUAGGAACAGUAGGAACAGUAGGAACAGAGGAACAGUAGGAACAGAGGAACAGUUGGAUCAGAGGAACGGAGGAACAGUAGGAACAGUAGGAACGUAGGAACAGUAGGAACAGUAGGAGCAGUAAGAUCAGAGGAACAGUAGGAACAGUAGGAACAGUAGGAACGUAGGAACAGUAGGAACAGUAGGAACGGAGCAACAGUAGGAACAGUAGGAACAGUAGGAACAGAGCAACAGUAGGAACAGAGGAACAGUAGGAACAGUGAAAACAGAGGAACAGUAGGAACAGAGCAACAGUAGGAUCAGAGGAACAGUAGGAACAGUAGGAGCAGUAAGAUCAGAGGAACAGUAGGAACAGUAGGAACAGUAGGAACGUAGGAACAGUAGGAACAGUAGGAACAGUAGGAACAGUAAGAUCAGAGGAACAGUAGGAACAGUAGGAACAGUAGGAACAGUAGGAACAGUAGGGAGAGUAGGAACAGAGGAACAGUAGGAACGGAGGAACAGUAGGAACAGAGGAACAGUAGGAACAGUGGAAACAGAGGAAGAGUAUAAACAGUAGGAACAGAGGAACAGUAGAAACAGUAGGAACAGAGGAACAGAAGGAACAGAGGAACAGUAA